AUGGGGGAGAAAGGAAUUUGUCCAGGAAGAGCACGAAUCGAAGAGGAAAACAAUGUUCCGCCUCCACAUAACGUCCCCGUCAUUGUAAUCGAUAGAUGUAAUGCGAUGAAGAAUAAAAUCAAUUUUGUUUUAGAUGAUGAUGAUGAUGACGUUGAUGACGACAACAUUGAUAGGGAUGACGCUCAGGAAACUGAAGAGGAAUUGAUACAGGAAGAAGUGGAGGUGGAAGAGGAAGAGGAAGAGGAGGAGGAAGAAGAAGAAGAGGAGGAUAGCAUUAUCGAUAUUGACGAUAAUGAUGAUGACGAUGAUGAUGAUGAUGAUAAUGAUGAUGCUGAUAAUGAUGACACCGACGAUAAUGCUGCCGAUAACGUGAAAGUCAUCUCCAACGAGAAUAUCAACGUCAGUGACAACGGCGAUAAUGGAGAGGAGCAGGAGGAGGAGGAGGAGGAAAUAACACAGCAGGCAACACAGGAAGAAGAUAGCAGAUAUUACGUGCCUCUUGGAAAUGAAGAUACUUAA